AUGGUGAUCAAGAUUCUUCUGUUGGCGUACACGUCUCUGCACAUGUACCUGGAACAUAACGGAGCUGGACGAGACCUCUGGACUCUCUCCGAUCGUCAGAUCACCGUCUAUUUCAAGGCCUUCUACGCGCUGCAGACGCUCUAUCACUCCUGCAUCGACAUGAUCAAGGUGUCCAUCCUCUUCAUGUACCUGCGCAUAUUCCACCUCCCCGACGAGAAGAUUCGGGUGGCGCUCUGGAUCACCAUGGGCAUCAACAUCCUCAGUGGGCUCAGCUUCAUCUUCGCCGGCCUGUUCCAGUGCCAGCCCAUCAGCCUCGCCUGGACCUUCUGGACGGGCGAGGCGACGGGCAAGUGCAUCGACAUCGUCCUCCUCGCCCUCUCGCACGCCGGCAUCAACAUCGCCCUGGACCUGUGGAUGCUCAUCUUGCCGGCGACGCAGGUCUGGGGCAUGAACCUGGCGCUACGAAAGAAGGUCUCCAUCAUGGCCAUGUUCAGUCUCGGUCUUUUUCUCACCAUUGUCAGCAUCAUUCGUAUCCCGGCUAUUCUGUAUUUCCGCCAGCACCCGUUGAACCCAACUGUCGCCAUGAUGCCCAGCGUUAUCUGGUCCGACAUCGAGCUGAACGUGGGCGUCUUCACGGCCUCCAUACCGAACAUCCGCCAGUUCUUCGUCAGGUUCAUCCUCCGGCAGUCGGAGAAGAAGAAACGCCUUACCGCGGCCCGGUCGGGAAACACGGAGGGCUCCUCGAAGAAUAUGGCCCGGGCGUCGACGCUCACGCAGCAGCUGAGCGAGUUGGACACGAUGGACGAGAGCAACGACGGCUCGCCCUUUAAGCCGGCCCAAGGCCAACACAUUAAGGCAACAGAAGAGAAUUGA